AAAAUUUAAUGUCUGAUUUAAAACCUUUUUAUUAAAUAUGUUGAUUUGGUGAUAAUCUUUCGCUAUUUCGGCUAUGGUUUCUAAAAGCUUUUUCUCACCUGGAUGUAAAAAUUCUUUAAGUUCACAUAGUCUAGCCCACUAAAAAAUAAUAAAUUGAAAGAAAAGUUUUUGGUGUAACUAAACACUUACAUUUUCUGAUUCCAGUAAAUUUUCUUCGCUUGGAGUAUUAAACAACAUAAACAAACAUUCGUGUAUCAUUUUUCACAAGUUUUCACAUUAAAAUUGAACUAAUUUUGCUCUAAUUAUAUUAUUUUCCGGUUGAUAAUUUUAAAUAUUGUUUAGACUUCUUCUUCUUGCUCUUAAAAAAAGAUAUUUGGCAUAUGUUGGUACUAGACAGGUUCGACAACUUUAGAGAAACACCCAGUUUCUAGUUGUAAAAACUUUUGACGUGACUUCAUCGUUACCAGGUAAAAUUAUCAAUCUUUGUCAAUUGUCGAAGGUAUUUCUUUUAACUAAAAUUAAUCUUCCUGCACAGAAUAUAAAGAUGGAUUUAAAUUUAGGGACUUUUAUCAAAUAGUUGGCAGCUCUGACCCGACCCACCUAACCUAAAUCUCUUCACUUUGGCUGUUUGUUGUAAAUUGGGAAGUCGGAUUCGGCCGAGAGAAAAAUGUCUACGAAUUCAUUGGAAAAUGAGAUCGAAAAGAACGAGCAGAAAAACGAAAACGAAUUAGAGAUCCCCAUGGACUUUUCCAUUAAACAUCCCUUACAGAGCGCUUGGACUUUGUGGUAUUUCGAAAAUGAUAGAUCGCAGUCGUGGGAAAAGAACCAAAAGGAAAUUUCCUCCUUCCAGACGGUAGAAGAUUUUUGGAGUUUGUAUAAUCAUAUCAAACCUGCGAGUGAAUUGAGGCAAGGAUCUGAUUAUUCUCUCUUCAAGAAAGGGAUAAUGCCUAUGUGGGAGGAUAAGGCUAAUAAAAGAGGUGGCAGGUGGUUGUUAAGCUUGGAAAAAAAACAAAGGUCUCCCGAUUUAGACCGCUACUGGUUGGAUAUAAUCCUGUGUCUUGUUGGUGAGGCUUUUGAAAAUUCCGAUGAAGUUUGCGGGGCUGUUGUAAACGUUAGGCAAAAAGGGGACAAAAUAGCCGUUUGGACAGCUGAUAGUCAAAAUAGCAGUGCAGUCUUGGAAAUUGGAAGAAAAUUAAAGGACAGACUCCACAUACCUGCUAGAGUAGUAUUGGGUUAUCAAUUACAUAAAGAUACUAUUGAGAAAACCGGAUCAGUUACCAAAUAUUCGUAUACUGUAUAAUUAUAAUAUGGAGCAGAUUUCACAAAUAGAAAACUUGAUUGUUGCGACAAUUCCCAUUCACUAAAAAAAUGAUCGAAAUUUUGUUGAUGGACUAUAGAAGUUAUAUUCCAAAUAAAACGUAAUGUAGUUUGAAUAAUCAAAACCUAAAAAUUAGAAAGAAUGUGGACUUGUUAAAUAUAUUGUAAAUUUUUUCGAUUCGUUUCAGUAAAACUGGUUUUUUCUUGAAACUGCCUUGAUGUUAAAUACAAUGGUUUUUCACACAUGGACUUAUUUUUUGGUUUGUUGUUUUAAUAUUGGAAAAAUUGAUUCAUUUCGAUUUGAUUAAAUUUAAGAGAUUUAAAAUUUUAACACAACGCAACUGUCGCACAUCAAGUUUUGGAACUGUGUUUUCAAAUUAUAAUUAAUUAAUGUUAACAUUCAUAGUUUAUUUUGGAAUUGUAACUUUUUUUUAGAGUACUCAUUAAUAAUUUUUAGUUGAAUGGUUUUGAUUCUUAUUACAUUAGUCUUUGGAAUAACUUGCUUGUUUUUUUAUUACAAUUUGGUUUAUAUGAAUGUUCUGGAUUUUUUUUAUUUAUGUUUAUCUAAGCAAAGAACUGAGUUUCUUUUGUGUAUUUAUUAAAAAAUAUGUUUAAUUAAAUUAUGAUAAUCAUUUAAUAAUAUAUUUGAUUGUGUCCAAAAAUAAUUUUGAAUCCUUUUGGCCUAUUAUACAGUGCAACAAAGACCAUUUCUAUUAGUCUCAUAAAGGAAAAAGAAAGUGAUAGUGUGGAAUUGCAACUUUCUGUAUUAAACUGCUAAUGCUUUUUAUCAAAAACAUUUAUUAAAUAGAAAUAUAACUGGUUAACAUUAUAGAACAAUUUUUAUCUGAAUCCAAUCACAUCAUUUUAUUUCGAAUAAAAAUGUCUUGAAUUUGAUAACACAAAUCUCUUCGUCUUGAUUCAGUUAAAGCAUUGCAAAACCCGAUUUUCCAAUCAGAUUGGUGAAUUUCUCGAUAAUGUUUUAAUAUUUCCCUUACGCUUUCUUCAAGUCUUCCAGGAUGCCUGUUAUCAAAUGCGUCAAUUUCGCCUUCUGAUAUUUUUAAUUUCCUUGCUAGCAACUUCCAUUUUAAGCCGAUUUCUCUAGCAAUCACACUAUCAACUUGCUCC